GACUGUCGCUGGAUAUUAGAAAAGUUGUUCGGGCGCUAUCAAGUAAUACCAUAAGCACCAUGAACCCUAAAUCCCUAUUUAACCGUCACUGCCAACAUUAGGGUUUUAGCAAAGUAGAGAAAACCCUAAUCAAAUUUCUAUGAGACCAUGACAGUGCUGAGCUCGAAGAAAAUCUUGCAAGAGAAAAAUGCGAGCGACGCCGACUCCAUAACCUCUCUAACCCUUACCCACAAAGCCCUCUCUGAUGUUUCAUGCUUGAGCGAAUUCAAGAAUUUGGAAAGGCUGGACCUGGGCUUCAAUAAUUUGACUUCACUUGAGGGUUUGAAGUCAUGUAUGAAUUUGAAGUGGCUAUCAGUUGUGCAGAACAAGCUUCAGAGCUUGAAAGGCAUCGAAGGCCUCACUAAACUCACUGUAUUAAAUGCUGGAAAAAACAAGCUUAAAUCAAUGGAUGAGGUCAAAUCUCUUGCAAGCUUGCGUGCAUUGAUUUUGAAUGACAAUGACAUUAGUUCAGUUUGCAAGCUUGAUCAGAUGAAAGAGUUGAACACUCUAGUUCUUUCCAGGAAUCCUAUCAGUUCACUUGGUGACUCUUUGGUCAAACUGAAAUCAAUCACCAAACUCUCCCUUUCUAACUGCCAACUGCAAACGGUUGAUUCAUCCCUGAAAUCCUGCCUAGAGUUAAAAGAGCUUCGCUUAGCACAUAAUGAGAUCAUGAUUAUUCCUAGUGAGUUUGGACGUCUAGUGAAACUUCAGAAUCUAGACAUGGGAAACAACUUGAUUACCAACAGGUCCAAUAUCAAGGUGCUCUCUUCAUUAGUUAAUUUGAGGAAUUUGAAUCUACAAGGGAACCCCAUUGCUGAAAAGGAAAAUUUACUGAAGAAAGUGAAAAAACUAUUGCCAAAUUUGCACGUGUUUAAUGCCAGACCAAUUGACAAAAUUGUUGGAAAAGAAAUGCAUGAAAAAGUUGAUGACUUCUCUUUUGAGGCAGAUAAUAAGUUAGCUCUUCGGAGUGAGACCAACAUAGAUCAGUCGUCGAGAAACAAGAAUCCAAGCAAAACUCCUCCUUUGAGUGAAAGCAUGGAUAAUAAUCUUAAUAGUGCUGGGGAUCUGGGCUCUCGAAAGAAGAGGAAAGAACUACUGGUUGAAAAAGGUGUAGAUUCUGUAGAGAAUACCAACUUCACAGAAAAGAAAAAGAAGACAAAAGUGAAGUUGCAACAGAAUGAAAACAAUAAUGCAGAAAGUCUGAAUUUGACUCCUGAAGAAGCAAAGAAAUCAAAGCAUAAGAAACAAAAAUCAAACCAAGUUGCUGAGGAGCUUGAUGUUGGGUUGGACAGGAUUGCAACAGGUAAAGAACCUGAUAAGAAAUCACACAAAAAGACCAAAGGAGAUACGGUGAAUAUCAUUGACAGUGCAGAAACUCCAUUUACGGAUCUUUUUGUGACUGAUGCUCCUGAGGAUCUCCACGAGAUAGCUGACAAGAAGUUAGAUCUUAAAACUAGUCAUGAUGUCCAUGUAACCACUGGAUUGGUUACUCUUCCAGCCAAGAAAAAGAAGAAGAGGAAGCGAGUUGAUCCGGCGGCUCUUGAGUUGUCACAGGUUGAUGAAAUUGGAUUGGGUGGGCCAUCAGCUUGGGAUGAUAUUUAACUGGUCAUGCGAUAUUGGGCUGCAAUUGGAUGACCAUUGCUUCCCAGAAAAACAUAUGCUGGAUAAUUCUCUCUGAGGCUCAUGUUUUUUUCGCAGUCUCUAAAACCUUAUUUCUCACUUGAACCCUAAAGAUUCUCCGGAAUUUUGAAGAACUCAUCUGUUCUCGCGUAGUCGUGCUUGUUCUGAUUAGUACAGCAACAAUUUUAGCGUCUCCAUUCUGAGUGUAAGGUUGCAAGCUGAGCUGAUGAUGGCAGGAAAUGCAGAAGCGUAUAUCUUUUGUCCUGCUUAGGAAUAUAUUGAGUAAGAUUUGGAAUCAUUUAAGCGAAACUCGAUUUCUUCAGUAUAUGUUUCUAUCAUAAUGGAAUUCAUGUUUGUACCAGGUAA